AUGAAUUGUUUUCCGUUCAACAUCUACUAUGGAGAAAAGAAAGGUGAUGCUAAGAGCUUGCAGACAUUAUCGGGUCUGUCGAACAAUUCUACUUAUGGUGGGAGUGACGUGAGAAGAACUGGUUCUGAAUUAAAUUCUCUGGAUGCGUCAUCAGACAAUAGCUCGGACUCCCUCAGGAGGAAUGCAUUUCCCAAUUUGUCCCAAAGACCUAGCAACCUGAGAGUAUUUACUGUGUCUGAACUGAAGUCAGCCACCAAGAAUUUCGGUCGUUCUGUUAUGCUUGGUGAGGGCGGAUUUGGGUGUGUCUACAAGGGAGUGAUCAAGACUUUAGAUGACCCCCCUAGUAAAAUUGAAGUUGCGGUUAAACAACUUGGUAAAAGAGGAAUUCAGGGGCAUAAAGAAUGGGUAACUGAAGUGAAUGUUCUAGGUAUUGUUGAGCAUCCCAAUCUUGUGAAACUAGUGGGAUAUUGUGCUGAUGAUGAUGAAAGGGGAAUCCAGCGGCUUUUGAUAUACCAGUAUAUGCCCAAUGGAAGCGUGGAACACCAUUUAUCGCCACGAUCAGAAACUCCUCUCUCGUGGAGUAGGAGACUGAAAAUAGCCCAAGACGCUGCUCGCGGCUUAACAUACCUGCACGAGGAAAUGGAUUUUCAGAUAAUUUUCAGAGAUUUCAAAUCUUCAAAUAUCCUUCUGGACGAGCAGUGGAAUGCAAAGCUUUCAGAUUUUGGAUUAGCAAGAUUGGGACCAUCUGAUGGGUUAACUCAUGUCUCAACAGCGGUUGUUGGAACAAUGGGCUAUGCAGCUCCCGAAUAUAUUCAAACAGGACGUCUCACUUCAAAGAUUGAUGUAUGGAGCUACGGUGUCUUCCUUUAUGAACUCAUUACUGGCAGGCGUCCUUUAGAUCGAAAUCGCCCCAAGAGUGAGCAGAAGUUGUUGGACUGGAUAAGACCAUACCUUUCAGACGUGAAGAAAUUUCAAAUAAUAUUGGAUCCAAGACUUGAGAGGAAACACCUCUCAAAAUCAGCCCAAAAGCUAGCUUUAGUAGCCAACAGAUGCUUGGUCAGAAACCCAAAGAAUCGCCCGAAGAUGAGUGAAGUAUUAGAAAUGGUGAAUCAGAUUGUGGAGUCUUCGGCGAGUACUAAUCCACAGCCAUCCAUGAAUAGUGUAGCCUCAGCCGAUGAUUCUCAAAACACUGAAAUCAAGAACAAGAAGAGGAUCAUGGAUCCAAAACCAGAUUGUAAUUGGUUUAGGUCGUGGAGACCAAAGCUUUUGAGAACAUGCUGA